UAGACCCUAAAUAAUAUGACUUGAGGACCUUUAUGUCGGUACUCCUAGUAAUAUCUACUAUUUUCAGUCGUGUAAAAGCUAUUUAAGUCAUUUUGCGUUGUUUAUUGAUUCCGUUAAUGCUGAAGUUUGAUAGAUUAACGAAGUAGCUAGGCUACUGUUUAUUUGAUAUCAGCUGAAGGACUGAACUGUUCAAUAUACAGUCUUAAGUAAUAAUAAUAAAAAAGGGCAUACGCGGUUUAGACAAUCCGUCAACGAUCUCUAAAAGCGAUAUUACACACACACACAUACAUAUAUAUAGGCAACAUUUUGAACUGUAUCUGGAUUUUCUGAGACACAUGGAGGAGAGUGAAGAAACCCAGAGUGAAAUAGAGGAACUGAAACCUUCAGUUAAUGCAGUGGAGUUUAUUGACAGCAUUGUACCCAGGGAUCUGGAUGAGUGCGUGUUUGCAGACUCACUUGUGACAGUGUCAAAUUCGGACAACGAGAUUGGAGAAUUCUCUGUGAGUGUCACAAAGGCUAGCUACAAAGAGGAGCUCUGCUAUCUUCUUCAUGCCAGCAGUCAUGGUAUGAUUGAUGGCAUACCCUGUGGCACAACUAUUGUGGCCUAUAUAUCCAGAAGGCUUGAGAUAUUGGAAGAGAAUCAACAUGAAUAUGUAAAGCUGGACAGCCACACACUGGAUCGGAAGUUACAUCUGGUUAGACAACAUGAACAGCUAGUGGUAAACAGGAUCAUUUCAGAGAAGGAAGGAGUGAAGACAGAAUCCCAGACAUUUCCAUUGAGCUCUUUAAAAGGCUUUGUUUCUGAGGCUUCUAACUUCCUGAUCAUGCGCAUACUGGCUCGGAAGAAGAUUGCUCCAGCAAACAUGAUAUUCCUGUCAUUUAAUGAAGAUAAUUUGAUAUCCAAGUCAGCCUAUAGAACUCUUGGGUGGAAGAAGCAGAUGAUUGGGGAAGAAUUAGUUGAUAUCUUUGGAAUCGAAAGGACUGUUUCCUCUUCAAAGAACAUCCCAACAACUUGGCAUUGCUACUUCCUGACUGAUGGGCAUCUAGUAAGCAGAGUGCAACUGGGCUCACCUGCAAUGAUGAAGAUACUGCAUAUGCCCCUCAUGCUCGAUGGAGUGGAGGAAAACCAGCAUCCUGUGUUUGAGAAGAAGCCACUCCAGUGGGAGGAAGACAUGGAGCUUUAUUCAAAGUUUCUUGACAGAAAGGAGGAGCUCAAAGCAGACUACCUCUCCUACGUCAGACAACACCCUGAGCUAAAGGCUUUAAUGGCUGACUUCCUGCAAUUCCUACUGCUGAGGAAACCUCAAGAUGUCUUCUCCUUUGCUCGUAACUUUUUUGCACCCUUUUCCUCUCAGAGUCCUCCGGGAAACCCCUGUGAAGAUUCCCAUAAUAUUAAAAUUCCUGAAAUACUGGAUAAUAAACCCUGA